AUGCUCCUGAGGCAGAUGCCUGCCUCGGUCUCCCACUCCCUGCCAGACCCAUGCCAAGCAGAAGACAGCAGGCCCUCGGCCACCUGUGCCUUGAAGGAGGGGCUGUCUCCAUGCCACCUAUUGACAGUGCGGGUCAUCCGGAUGAAAAAUGUCCGGCAGGCUGAUAGGCUGAGCCAGACAGACUGUUUUGUGAGCCUCUGGCUGCCCACCGCCUCUCAGAAGAAGCUGAGGACAAGGACCAUCUCCAACUGCCCAAACCCAGAGUGGAAUGAAAGCUUCAGUUUCCAGAUCCAGAGCCAAGUGAAGAACGUGCUAGAGUUGAGUGUCUGUGAUGAAGACACAGUGACACCAGAUGACCAUCUCCUGACAGUUCUCUAUGACCUCACCAAGCUCUGUUUCCAAAAGAAAACCCACGUGAAGUUUCCACUCAACCCGCAGGGCAUGGAAGAGCUGGAGGUGGAGUUCCUGCUGGAGGAGAGUCCCUCUCCACCUGAGACCCUCGUCACCAAUGGCGUGCUGGUGUCUCGACAAGUCUCCUGCCUGGAGGUUCAUGCACAAUCCAGGAGGCGGAGGAAGAGGGAGAAAAUGAAGGACCUUCUGGUGAUGGUGAGCGAGUCCUUUCAGAACACCCAGCGUGUCCGGCCUUGCUUGGAACCCUGCUGUCCAACCUCUGCCUGCUUCCACACCUCUGCCUGCUUCCACUACCCCAAGUACUUCCAGUCCCAGGUGCACGUGGAAGUGCCCAAGAGUCACUGGAGCUGUGGGCUUUGCUGCUGCGGCUCUCACAAGAACGGCCCCAUCAGCCAGCCCCUCGACUGCCUUUCCGAUGGUCAGGUGAUGACCCUGCCUGUGGGCGAGAGUUAUGAAUUACACAUGAAGUCUACACCCUGCCCUGAGAUGCCGGACGUGCGGCUGGGCUUCAGCCUGUGCCCAGCAGAGCUGGAGUUUCUGCAGAAGCGGAAGGUGGUGGUGGCCAAGGCCCUGAAGCAGGUGCUGCAGUUGGAGGAGGACCUACAGGAGGAUGAGGUGCCGCUGAUAGCCAUCAUGGCCACUGGGGGUGGAACAAGAUCCAUGACCUCCAUGUAUGGCCACCUGCUGGGGCUACAGAAGCUGAACCUCCUGGACUGUGCCAGCUACAUCACUGGCCUGUCGGGGGCCACCUGGACCAUGGCUACUUUGUACCGGGACCCUGACUGGUCCUCCAAAAACCUGGAGCCUGCUAUCUUUGAGGCCCGGAGACACGUGGUAAAGGACAAGCUACCCUCCUUGUUCCCAGACCAGCUCCUCAAAUUCCGGGAGGAGCUCCGGCAGCGCAGCCAGGAAGGCUACAGGGUCACCUUUACAGACUUCUGGGGCCUGCUGAUAGAGACCUGCCUGGGGGACGAGAGAAAUGAAUGCAAACUGUCAGAUCAGCGUGCUGCUUUGAGCUGUGGCCAGAACCCCCUGCCCAUCUACCUCACCAUCAAUGUCAAGGAUGAUGUAAGCAACCAGGACUUCAGAGAGUGGUUCGAGUUCUCCCCCUACGAGGUGGGUCUGCAGAAGUAUGGGGCCUUCAUCCCUUCUGAGCUCUUCGGCUCCGAGUUCUUCAUGGGGCGGCUAGUGAAGAGGAUCCCGGAGUCCCGAAUCUGCUACAUGCUAGGCCUGUGGAGCAGCAUCUUCUCCUUGAACCUGCUGGAUGCCUGGAACCUGUCACACACCUCAGAAGAGUUUUUCCACAGGUGGACAAGGGAGAAAGUGCAGGACAUCGAAGACGAGCCAAUCCUGCCCGAAAUCCCCAAAUGUGAUGCUAACAUCCUGGAGACCACGGUAGUGAUCCCAGGGUCAUGGCUGUCCAACUCUUUCCGAGAAAUCCUUACCCAUCGGUCCUUCGUGUCUGAGUUUCACAACUUCCUGUCUGGGCUGCAGCUGCACACCAACUACCUCCAGAAUGGCCAGUUCUCUAGGUGGAAAGACACAGUGCUGGAUGGUUUCCCAAACCAGCUGACCGAGUCCGCAAACCACCUGUGCCUGCUGGACACUGCGUUCUUUGUCAACUCCAGCUACCCGCCCCUCCUCAGGCCAGAGCGAAAAGUCGACCUCAUCAUCCACCUCAACUACUGUGCUGGGUCCCAGACAAAGCCCCUGAAACAAACUUGUGAGUACUGCACUGUGCAGAACAUCCCCUUCCCCAAAUACGAGCUGCCAGAUGAGAAUGAAAAUCUCAAGGAAUGCUACCUGAUGGAGAACCCCCAGGAACCCGAUGCCCCCAUCGUGACUUUCUUCCCACUCAUCAAUGACACUUUCCAAAAAUACAAGGCACCAGGUGUAGAGCGAAGCCCUGAGGAGCUGGAGCAGGGCCAGGUGGACAUUUAUGGUCCCAAAACUCCAUAUGCCACCAAGGAGCUGACGUACACAGAGGCCACCUUCGACAAGCUGGUGAAACUCUCAGAGUACAACAUCCUGAAUAAUCAGGACACUCUCCUCCAGGCUCUGCGGCUCGCAGUGGAGAAGAAGAAGCGCCUGAAGGGCCAGUGUCCCUCCUAGGCCCCAGGGAGUCUCCCCUAUUCUGUGUCAGCUUCUACCGUCAGAGGCACAGGACCCAUCAGGGCUGACCAGGUUACUACGCAGCCAGCUCUGCUCUCUGGCAAUGGGUGUGAGCAGGUUGGCCUGGGCUUUCUAAUGAAAAAUAAAAAUGUUUAAAAGUUAAGAAAGUCACAGAGACAGACAGAGAGAGAGAGAGAGAGAGAGAGAGAGAGAGAGAGAGAGAAGCCCUGUUGGGGUUUUAUACCCACUAGAGUUUCUCUAAGUGUUUCCCUAUAGAGAAGGUGGUCUCAUAGCCACAGGCUGCUAGAUGUCUGUGGAGAGGAAAAGCCUGAGGAAGAGGCUGGGCCCCUAGAAACCUCGACUCAGAGGCAGAGCCCAGGGCUGGCAGCCCUCCUCUCUUUGCCCCCCACUUCAUGUGGCAGGCCUAGAGAAAUGCACAGGAGGACCUGAGGGCACUCUGCAUUUCCCUGGAAAAACACUCUAAAAUUUAAGGUGGUUCUAGUCUUGUGAUUUUUGUUUAUUUUUUAGACGGAGUCUC